AUGUGGUGCCUCCUCGUGCUGCUCUGCUCCCAAGGAAUUGCCUUUUCAGCGGGGUUCACAGCAGCCUGCUCUCCCGGUGCUGACACCAGCCGCUGCAAGAGGAGCCGCAACCCCGAAUGCUUCAUGAAUGUUAGUGAAAUUAUCAGAUAUCAUGGAUUCCCCAGCGAGGAAUAUGAAGUUACAACGGAGGAUGGAUACAUUCUCGGUGUUUUCAGAAUUCCUGCUGGAAGGAGCUGCCAAAAUACAGGGAAGAAGCCUGCAGUCUUGCUGCAUCAUGGUAUUUUAUCAGAUUCUAUUCACUGGAUUGCCAACCUGCCCAACAACAGCUUGGGCUUCAUCCUUGCAGAUGCUGGCUUUGAUGUCUGGUUGGGAAACAGCCGAGGAGACACCUGGUCUUUAAAACACAAGACCCUUAAGCCUUGCCAGAAAGAGUUCUGGCAGUUCAGCUUCGAUGAAAUGGGUAAAUACGAUAUUCCAGCAGAGCUGAACUUCAUCAUGAAUAAAACUGGACAGAAGAAUGUUUACUAUAUUGGGCACUCUGAAGGGUCAGCUGCAGGCUUCAUAGCAUUUUCUACUUAUCCUGAUUUGUCUCAGAAGAUUAAAGCAUUCUUUGCUUUGGCACCAGUGGCCACCAUCACACAUGCCACCAGUCCUCCAGUAAUGUUUACACAGCUUCCCCAGUCACUGAUCAGGUUACUCCUUGGCUGCAAAGGAGUCCUUCACUACAAUGAGUUGAUUAAAGGAGCUGUAACACAGUUCUGUGCAUGUCUGGGAAAAGUUUGUGGCAGCAUCUUCUGCUACCUAGUCGGGGGCAGGAUACAAAAUAUGAACACGAGUCGAACAGAUUCAUACACAGGACAUUACCCAGCUGGAACAUCAGUACAGAAUGUUAUUCACUGGCAUCAGAUCCUACGUGCAGACCAAUUCCAAGCUUACGACUAUGGCUGUAAGGAAAACAUGAAGAAAUACAACCAGAGUGCUCCUCCUGUGUACAAGAUAGAGGAGAUAAAGAUACCAACUGCUGUUUGGAGUGGUGGACAGGACAAAUUUGCAGAUCCAAAAGACAUGGCAAGGCUACUUCCUCGGAUUACCAAUCUCAUUUACCACGAGGAUUUUCCUACAUGGGGACAUCUUGAUUUCCUCUGGGGCCUUGAUGCAACGGAGAAAAUGUAUCUGAAAAUCAUUGAACUACUAAAAAAAUAUGCUUAA